AAGGCAGCGACUUAAUCCACUGAGCCACCCAGGCGCCCCAAUAUAUAUUUUUUUAUCAGAGAGGGAUACAGCCCAGGCCUAUCCUUUCUUUUACAUGCACUUGCAAAGAGGAGAGACAAGAACUCUAUCGCUGCAGAAAAUGGUAAUUGGGGGCAAGCUCCUGGUUAUGAAUUGCACCGUCAACAAACUAUUAGACGCAGAGUUCUGAAGGUGGGAAGUUCAAGAUCAAGGUGCUGGUGGAAUUGGUAGUGGGUGAGAACCCAUCUCCUUGCUCCUAGACGGCCUUCUUUAUGCCCUGUCCUCAUGUGGCACAAGAUGGCCAGUAACCUAUGUGCCAGGUAGCAUUCCAUGCUAAUCUUGAAUGCCAAUAGGAAGUCACUGGACAGCAAAACUCUUCCAGGAUUAUAACUGGGCUAUCAGAGUAACCCGAAAAAGAAGAAAAAAGAAUCGAAGUCAUGGCCAAAGGAACUAGAGUUCAGUCUACCUCUCCUCCAGAUGGAGGCUGGGGCUGGAUGAUCGUGGCUGGCUGUUUCCUUGUUACCAUCUGCACCCGGGCGGUCACCAGAUGUAUUUCGAUUUUUUUUGUGGAGUUCCAGACAUACUUCACUCAGGAUUACGCCCAAACGGCUUGGAUCCAUUCCAUUAUAGAUUGCGUGACCAUGCUCUGUGCGCCGCUUGGGAGUGUUGUCAGUAACCACUUAUCCUGCCAAGUGGGAAUCAUGCUGGGUGGCUUGCUGGCCUCUACUGGUCUCAUCCUGGGCUCAUUCGCCACCAAUCUGAAGCAUCUCUACCUCACUCUGGGAGUUCUGACAGGUCUUGGAUUUGCACUCUGUUACUCUCCAGCGAUUGCCAUGGUCGACAAGUAUUUCAGCAGACGGAAAGCCCUGGCUUACGGGAUCGCCAUGUCCGGAAGCGGCAUCGGCACCUUCGUUCUGGCCCCGGUGGUUCAGCUCCUUAUCGAACAGUUUUCCUGGCGGGGAGCCUUACUCAUCCUUGGGGGCUUCGUUCUGAAUCUCUGUGUUUGCGGUGCCUUGAUGCGGCCCAUCACCCUGAAAGAGGACCAGACGACUCCAGAGCGGAACCCCAUCAGUAGAACUCAGAAACAAGACUUCAAGCGAGUGGCUCCCUGUUCCACUUUGACUAAAAAAUGGGUGCAGACCUGCCUCUGUUGCUCUUUGCAGCAGGAAUACAGUUUUUUACUGAUGUCAGACUUUGUCGUGUUAGCCAUCUCUGUUCUCUUUAUGGCUUAUGGCUGCAGUCCUCUCUUUGUGUACUUGGUACCUUACGCUGUGAGUGUUGGAGUGAGUCACCAGCAAGCUGCUUUCCUUAUGUCCAUACUCGGGGUGAUUGACAUUGUUGGCAAUAUCACAUUCGGAUGGCUAACUGACAGAAGGUGCCUGAAGAAUUACCGGUAUGUCUGCUACCUCUUUGCCGUGGGACUAGAUGGGCUCUGCUAUCUCUGCCUCCCAAUGCUUCAGAGCUUUCCCCUGCUCGUGCCUUUCUCUUGUACCUUUGGCUACUUUGAUGGUGCCUACGUGACUCUGAUCCCUGUAGUGACUGCAGAAAUAGUGGGGACCACUUCUUUGUCCUCAGCGCUCGGUGUGGUAUACUUCCUUCAUGCAGUGCCAUACCUGGUGAGCCCGCCCAUUGCAGGAUGGCUUGUCGAUACAACUGGCAGCUAUACGGCAGCAUUUCUUCUCUGUGGAUUUUCAAUGAUAUUCAGUUCUGUGUUGCUUGGCUUUGCUAGACUCGUAAAGAAGAGGAAAAAAACCCAGCUGCGGUUCCUUGCCAAGGAAUCGGAUCCCAAGCUGCAGCUAUGGACCAAUAGAUCGGUGGCUUACUCUGUAGCAAGAGAGUUAGAUCACAAAGACGAUCAGUGUGUGGCUCUGACAGUGCCUGGUUCCAACCCCACAUGACCCAUGGCCUUGAGCCUGGGAAUCUUCAGGGCUGAGAGAGGUGGGGCCACUGGACUGCACGUGUCUCGGAAACAUUUAAUUUUGGCAGAGACAUUGCCUUCCGAGGAAAUUACUGUUAUUAUUUUAUUAACGUUUAUAGGGGAAAUACCAAAUAACAAAGCAAGUUGGACUGGCUCAGUUUCCUCAUUUGCAAUUUGUAUUCACAGUCGAACUUGUACCUUUCAGGCAAUGAGCAUCACUCUGGAGAAUGUUAGGACAGAGCUGCUAUAAUUCGCUGUGAUUGGGGGUAAUUUAGAAGCAUGACCAAAGCAGAUGACAUUGGAAAGCUUUGUUGCCAACUCUGCCCCUCUGUCUGACUCCCUCAGUUAGAAUGGAAACAGAAACAAUGGCAUGUUAGAUUUGCUCACUUGAUGCUUUCUUGGAGAAAGGGGUCUGUAUUAAUCACUGCCUUUUGCAGAAUCUAAAGCGUUCUUCAACAACUCCAUGUAAAGCCCUAGUGAGAAACUCUACUAGAGAAAGAGUUGACAUCUUCACCUCCCACCUCCACAGAAGGCUUCUUCCUAAGGCUGAGCCCCUCCCCUCUGAUUAGGCACCCACAUCUGUUAAUAUAAUACUGAAUUUAACAGAAUACAGCAAGUCACAAGGGUGAUUUCUAAAUCUUACCUGACAUGUUAACACCAACGCUUCUCUCCCCCUUUUUUUCUUUAGAAACAAAGCUUUUAUUUGAAUUGUACACACAGUCCUGCCAGGAACUGAAAGUGUUGGCAGAAUUCCAACUGGGCAGGAAUUGAAUUCUUGAAUCAGCAGGUCUCGGAUGGGAGUUUUUUUUUUUUUCAGAUCAGACAUUUCGGUUCAUCAUUACCCAAAACAGAACUUGGGAGGUUAGCCUGAAAAAUAUUCUAAAGGUGAGAUUCCUUUCUCCCUGGGUUAAGUUUUUAUCUUUUUAUGGAUAAUCAUUAGAAACUUGAUUCUAACUUGGGCCUCUUCACCUGAGUGAGAAGGCUUUAGGGAUUUGGCUGAGCAUCCCAGUGCUCAUUAAUUAGAGCUUUGGUCGGGGGAGAGGGAAGAGAAACUUAAGAAGGCUAAUGCUGUGACACCUUAUAGUUCAUAGAACUUGUUUAUGUACCUUUGCUCAUUGGAUUAGAAUAAUUUACUCAUUCUCAAGUACUCUGUUUUCCUACAGUUUGGAGUAAUUUCUGACUUUUCAGAGGGAGGACGUGGGAAAGAAGAGAAAGGCCAGAUCUGCUGGCUUGUCUCCAACAAUUUGCAUCCCCAAAUUGUGUCAUACCUGUAAAUUAGGAGCAAGUUACACCGUUGAAGGGAGAUUUUAACUAUAGAAAAAUUUAAAAUCUGAGCCUCAAAGAAAUAUUUUGACCCCGAAGUCCAUUUUAUCCAUUGUCCCUCCAGAGGCCUGCACUGAGGAAGAUCUUAGGUUGACUAAGCAUGUUCAGCAGGUCUUUGCCUAUAACUGGAUUACUUCAUGAAAUUACAUAUUAAUACAUUGCUUUCAGAAUGAAAUACUGCCUUGAUUUAAUGGAAGAAAGCUGUAGUAUUUCAUAGUUGUUUUCCAAAGAUAAAUUUGAAUGUUGCCUGUUAUCUUUUUACUUAGUUUAAGACUGUAGUUUUGAACCCAUUUACUUUGUCACUUGCAAUUUAAAAACAAGAUUUGGAAAAUAUCUGUAAAAAAGUCAAAGUUAAAUGAACUUAUGUGUGUUUGGAGUACCACUUUACACUAAAUGUCAUUUCUUGAAUCUUCAAGCCGAAAGAUUUUUUGAAAUAUAGUUAUAAAUAUUCUUAUACAUAUUUUUUCCUGGUGAUCACAGUAAAAUUUUGUUUCUCCAGCUCUGCAAUAUAAUUUCUCUAAAGUAUUAUAAGUAUUCAUGAAAAAUGAGUAUAGAAACCGGAGCUUUUAAAAUUUUAUAUAAAAUAAUUCAGAUAUUUUACUUUAUACAUGCAUAAAUUUAUAUUUUACUUCCCUUUUGGAGCAGCAUUUUUAGAAAACCAGCAAGGAAAAUGUAUAUUUUAGAGUCUAUCAUUGUCUAACUUCACAAAAUGUUACUGUUAAGGUUCCAUGUGCCUAUACUGUUUAUUUCAAAAGGGAAGAAUUUGUGGAAUGAGGUAUUUUGUGGAAUUAAGAACAAGAUUGUGGUGUGAUGAUUCAACAUCUUAAAUAUUAUUUUAUAUCACUUCAAGUUCUACUUUGAAAUUGAUAGAAAAGCAAAGAAACUAACUUCUAUAGAUACAUUGUACCAUUGGGCCUUCUUUUCAGAUUGAGAUUUUACUAAUAGAUCAGAUAUUUAUGCUAAUAUUUUCUUAUUUCAAAAGCAUAAUAAAGUGAGUUUAUAUUUGUGUUUGGAAA